AUUUGAAAUUUAACUUUUAAACCCUUUCCCUUUCAAUUUCUUCAUAUAUAAAUCACUCUCUCAUCCCAUUUCUCAUUUCUCACAAUCAAAUUCUCCUAGGCUUUCACCACACAAGAGUAUCAUAUACCUCACAAAUUCACACUGCAUAAUUCAAAGCAUUGAUUAUCCAUUGGAUUCUCAUUCCCGCUCGCUCUCUCCCUUUUCGUUUUGUUAGGAUUUCUUUUUCUUCAAAUGGGUAGCUUAAAAUUUAAGUGCUUUUUCAUCCGAUUCUGUUUUUUGAUUUUAUCGGAUAAAUAAGCUGUUUUGAACAAACCCUGAUUAAAAAUUUGGUCUUUCUUUUAUACUCUGACCAAAUCUCAAUCUGGGUCAUUAAAUUACUUCACUUUGAUUUGAUUUGAUUUGAAAAGUUGAUUUUUUUUUUCUAUUUCAAAAAAUCACUUUUUUUUCUGUGUUUGAGAGAGCGAGCGGAAGAAAAUGGCUAAGAACAGUGGAAAAUUCAACAGGGAUUUCGGUGAUGAAUCUCACAAUCACAACAAGUUUACACAAAUGGGUGAAAGCCAAGUUAAUUGGGAGAUUGAAAAGGGAAAAAGUGUUGAAUUAAGCGCUUCUCAAAAGCAUCACUGGAAGCCCGUUUUUGAUGAAGCUUCCGUUUCACAUAAUAGACCUUUCAAGAAAAGCAAAAGCCCUGAACGUGUAAAUCAAAAUCAAAAUCAAAACCAGUUUUCACCUUUCUCUAUUCCUUCUUCAGCUUCUUCUUCUUCUUCAAGACUUGUUUUUCCCUUUGCUUUUGAUAACAACUCUCAACAAUUUGGAACCAACAACAGUUUACCUUUUCACCCUCCACCACAACAACCUAUUCAAACAACACAAAACCAACAACAGCAGCAACAAAUGAUAUCUUUUGGGUCACAGACACAAGUACAGAACAAUAUUGUUUCGAGUCCGCCGCCGAUUUUGUCCCAACAACAUCAUCAACAGCUUCUUCAGUAUUGGAGUGAUGCAUUGAAUCUUAGUCCAAGAGGAAGAAUGUUGAUGAUGAUGAACAACAAUAACAAUAGGUACUUGGGAGGGCAAUAUGGUAAUAAUAAUAAUAACAAUGGAGCAAUGUUUAGGCCUCAAGCUCAACCUAUAAGCACAACAAAACUCUAUAGAGGAGUUAGACAACGCCAUUGGGGAAAAUGGGUUGCCGAAAUUCGUCUACCGCGAAAUCGAACUCGUCUUUGGUUAGGCACAUUUGAUACUGCAGAAGAUGCUGCUUUAGCCUAUGAUCGCGAAGCAUUCAAGUUAAGAGGAGAGAAUGCACGACUCAAUUUCCCUGAACUUUUUCUCAACAAAGAUAAAGAUAAAGAUAAAGAAAAAGAAAAAGAAGAAGAAGCAGAUUCAUCGCCACCUCCAACAACAUCAACAACAACAGAUUCAUCUGUUUCUUGUCCUUCAAGUAACACCGUUACGAAGCAGCCUGAACCUCCGUUGUCGACGCAGACACUUCCAAUGGAGGAGUCUAAUGAGAAUGACUCCGGAAUUGAAUCGAGUGACGCGAGUCACGUGACGGUGAGUGAAGGAGUUUCAGUUUCACAGUCACAGGAAUUGGUUUGGAGUGAAAUGUCAGCAUGGUUUAAUGCCAUCCCAGCUGGUUGGGGACCAGGCAGUCCUGUUUGGGAUGAUUUGGAUACAAACAACAAUCUUAAUCUUUUUUCGCAGUCUCAAAUUCCAUUUUCCAAUCUCAACCAACAAUCAGAAUUCAAUGAUUUUGAUCCUCAGAUGGGGUCAAGUUCUUUCAUUAGGCCUUUCUACUGGAACAACGAUCAGAAUUAGUCUUGAAGUUUUCUUUCGUCUCCACAAUCAUCGGUUGCUGAUAUUUUUACCUGACAACCUUUGAGCUUUCAAUAAAGACCAUCUAUGAAGUUGUGGUGGAUUCAUUUCCUUCCAUUAGGCUCAAUGCAUUUGUGAGCUUUUCAGCUUCUGGGUCAUAUAUAUACUUUAUAGUGUUGUUACCUUUGUUCAUUUAACCUUUUACUAGUCUUAACUCUAAGUAGCAUAAUUAUUAGCAUAAGUAGGGAAGAAGGAAACAGUUUUGUGAUUUCCUUCUUCAUUCCAUCCGUUAUGAGCUAUGUUUUUGAGCUUCAAGGAUGGAUUUUUAUAUAUUACAGCAUUUGUACUUUGUGAAGUUUGUUUCUACUGAUAUCAUGCUAUAAUUAUGCUUCAUUUUCUAGUUUAUGUUAUGGCAUAUUGGUUUUUCCACCAUUCA